GGAACACUGGUCGAAGGGAUUAGUUGAGUAAGGGUAAAUUGGGUCAUUACUGACCCAACUGACCCAAAAUGAAACCGUUGGUUGAUUAGAAUGUGUGUCCCUUUCUAUUUUGGUGUUUAAAGAAAGUAGUCAGGAAACCUUUCUAUUUUUAGUUUAUUUUAGUGAAUGUUGGACAGUCCGUUAUUAACAGGGCAGGGAACGGUUUUGUCAUUUUGGAAAACGCAUUGGUUUCGUGUACUCUAAAUACAAAGCACAACACUUUUCAAAGUGCGAAUAAUUUUCCUUCGCAAAAAAACACGAGAAAUACUGCAAAAAUGAUGAGCAACAAUGAUACAUAUAGUGAAGUUGGGGAAAUCGGGUCAAAUCAUUUGAUUAUUCAUCAAAUUGCAACCUUCCUCCCUAGUCGAGACCUCAUUUCUUGCACUCAAGUAAAUUCCAAGUGGGAGUCGGAAGUUCGAAAACAUCUCCUCUCCCGACGUCCAGUUACCAUAACUACGUCCAACUUACAUCGUUAUGUAACCCUGAUGCGGUAUCGGUCCCACUGUCACAAAAUGGUCAACCUCUACUUCAUUAGACAGGAAGACUUGAGAAAUCUACCCAUGCAAGUUAACUUUUUUGCCAUGGAAAAUGCAACAUUCGUCACCCACCUUGACAUUGACUGGCAUUUGAAUGCGGAAAGAUACGAGAACAAUUCCUUUUUUGAAAGUUUACAAAAAUUUACGAACCUAACAUCUCUAGAGUUGUGUCCCCUCUUGCACCAAGGACGUGGUCGGGAUGCCCCAUCACUCCAAUCGGAUGACUACGUUGACCUCAUCCCGUUGAACUUUUCACUCCCGAAAGUUAAAAAGUUGGUGAUUAACGUGCAACCGAGAAUCGGCAAACACGGGGUUGAGUAUCCUAAUAUCCAGGCACUGGUUAGAGAUCUCAUUCCCAGAAUAGUGUCUCAUUUCCCCCACAUUACACAUCUUGGGGUGGGCAACGUCCUCUGGGGUGGACAAUGACGAAGGAAUAUGCCGCGUGGUGGCGAUCUUUUGCGCCUGCGCUGACAGGGUUUUCUGUGAAAAAUUCUAUCCGAUACGUUCAGCUAAAUCCACCCAUCCCGAUAAUUGAUUUGGUCACCUUAAACAUUACGAGGCUUGUGAUUUCCCCCAUUUCAAGUGUUUGGCAACCACUCCUUUGUUCCAACCUUGGGACAAAGCUAGCCCAUACAUUGGUCCAUUUGAACAUCGUUUCGAUCCGGGAUUGUCCCAAGGAAUACGUUUUUGCCAUGAUGAUGCCAAUAUUGCCGAAAUUAAAGGUCUUCAAACUAUCAAGAGUUCCCUAUGGGGAGGAGAGAUGGAGUGGUAAAAUACCUCAAAUUACGUUAACGUAUGAGAGUCAAGUUUUGAACUACGCGGUACAAUUUCCCGCUUUGGAGUCCAUUAUCGUUGAGAAGGAUUGGAGCGAGGGGAAGUUUGAGGGUCAAGAUUUGCUAAGUGAUGGCACCUAUUUUGAAGCACUGGUUCCAUUUUUAUACAAUAGUUUUAUGGCAGAGGGUACCACGCCGUGUGGAACGUUGAAACGGUUAGAUAUCCCUUUCCCGGCUGGGGUGAAGUUUAGGGUUGCGAAGUGUAUCAGCUUAAGUGACGCCUGUAAUAAUGAGGAUGACGCUAAAAGUGACUACUGGGAGUGGAAGGAUACGGCCGAGUUUUUUGAGCGGGUCCGCACCACUUUUCCGAACCUGGGGUAUCACGUGUUGGACAAGAAGUGGAGGGAAGAGAGGACAAGAGGGGUGGAAGAGUUUGUUAGAAUGGGGAGAAAGUAUGGCUUUUUGGAGGAUGAUAUUCAUAUGAUGAUGAGAAAGGGGGAUUUAUUAGGGGGUUAGUCUUUGUUUAGACGUUCUUAGUUGUUUUUUGCCCACGGAAUUUUUUGAUAAUUUAUCUCCUUAUUUAUGUGAAAUGAAAGGAUGCCUCUUCUGGAUCUAUUUCGGAGAUUAAGUUUAAAUGCAAAUAUCUAAAUUUGUGGUAAAAAUUAACUUAAUUUCACAUUUUCUCCAAUUUCAUAUACAAAAUAUGUACGUAUAUCUGAAUAAGUUAUUGACAAUGACAGAUUGAUAUAUAUUUUUAAUGUUGAUACGUAUAUCUUACCUUUAUUUGCGUACAUAUCGUGGCAAUUAACAUACUCUUUCGUAAACACUGUAAACAUUUCUAGGAAAAAUUAAUUUUGUAAAAUUUUUCCUAAACUAUUACAAAGGGGAGUAGGGGGAGUUGA